CGCCACUAUCUCUCUCUUCUGUAUCUGCAACAUAGUUUUGUGAUUUGACAUUUCAAAUUUCAAUUGUUAAGAAAAGAAAUAAAGAACAAAACUUGUCCAAUUUAUCUUAUAUAUCUCGAAAGAAAAACAAAAAGCUUUCCUUUUUGCUUUCAUCUUCUUCUCCUAAUGAUGGAUUCAAGUAAAGAGAGUAGCUUGAUUGAAAUCCGUUUUCUAAAACCCUAUGUAACCUCCAUUGAUGGUGCUGUAGCUGAGCUUCCUCAUCACCGUCUCUGUGUUUCUUCAUCAGACCUAAAGGAGUCGUUUUCUAGGAUUUCUUUCAAUGGGUUUUGGUUUGCACGCCUCAAUUUCAAAUCAUGGGCUAAAAAAAUGGAAGCUUUGCACGAACCCACUUGGAGAAAAGCUGGGAUUUUUGAGGCAAUCAAGGCAUCGAUAUACAAAAUCCCUAUAAAUCAGUCUUUGAUUGUAGCUCUUGUUGAGAAAUGGUGUCCUGAAACCAAAUCUUUCGUUUUCCCUUGGGGUGAAGCAACAAUAACGCUUGAGGAUGUAGUGGUUCUUCUAGGGUUUUCUGUUUUGGGUUCUCCUGUUUUUGCUCCUUUAGAAAGCUCAGAGAUGAGAGAUUCCGUAGAGAAACUGGAGAAAGCUAGAUUUGAGAAUAGAGGCAAGGAUGGGCAAUUGAGACAAAGAUUAUGGAUUUCGAGCUUCUUGGGUAGAGGUGAUCAAAUGGAGCAUGAAGCUUUUCUUGCAUUGUGGCUUUCACAAUUCGUUUUUCCGGAUAUGUCUCGUCGUUCUAUUUCGAAGAAAUUUCUCCCUAUCGCUGUUCGUUUAGCUAGAGGCGAGAGGAUUGCUCUUGCUCCUGCCGUUCUAUCAAGACUAUACAGAGAUUUGGGUCAAAUUCAAGCUUUUGCUAGAGAAAAAUCCACUCAAAAUGUUACUCUGAAAUCACUGUUUAAGUUAGUCCAAGUUUGGACAUGGGAGAGAUUCAAGAGUACCAGUCCAAAAGCUAGAGUGAUACCGAAAGAGGAACCUAGAAUAGCUCGGUGGCACUCACAAACAUCUGAGAAUGUGAGAUUGAAUCUUGAUGAUUUUGAUUGGCGUCCUUACACUAAACCUUUAAAGAAUUGGAACCCUCCUCGGUUUUACCCUGAAGAAGCUAUGUGGAUCACUGUUGAUGACAAUCUUGAUGAUGAAUUCGUUUCGUUUACUCGAUGCAUGAGAGUUUCUCAGCUUGUUGGGAUUGGUAUUGUGGAGGAUUACUAUCCGAAUCGAGUGGCAAUGCAGUUCGGGCUGGCUCAAGAUCUUCCUGGUUUGGUUACUGAUCAUAGCACCUUCACAGAAAAAGAGGCAUGGGAUGAUUACAAUAAGUCUCUUGAUGGUUUAAAGCUAUACAUACCUUCUCGUAUCGCUACGACUUCUGUUACUGAAAGAUAUCAAGCUUGGUGGUUGAAAUCUAUUUCAAAGUUUCUGGAUUUUUCAGAAUCAACUGAAACUUUUAAUGCAAGUAAUACAGUUGAUCAUUAUGAUGAUGCUGAUGAUGAACUACUGCCUUUGGGUCAAGUGCUUCGGAAGUAUGGAGAGAGCUUUCUUAAGAAACUCGAAAGAUGUAGGACGCGUAGGCUAGCGAAAAAUCAGCUAUUCGAGAUAAAUAAAGACAAGAUUGGUGAUGGUGCUGCAUCCGCUUCUACAGAAUUACCACUUAGUCAGUUGUUUAAAAAGGACUUGAUGAAGAGAACAAGUGGGCAGUUGAGAAACAAGGGACGCAAGCGAGCUCGUGAGGAUGAUGAAAGGUCUAUGGAUAACAAAGAUGAUGAAGAAGAUUAUAACAUUACAAUUGCUCAAAUGAUCAAAUCUAUACGGAAUGAUGAAAGUGGAAGCAAAGCAAAGAAGAGUAGUAUGGUUCAAAGACCAUCUAAUGAAAACAACUCUUCAGAUCCUCUUGUUGAUUCUAAUGGAGGUAUAAUUGACAUUGCCGUGUCACCGCCAAAGACAAGGCAAACAUGUGAUGGUAAGCUUCAUGUAGAUAGAAGCAAGAAAGAAGAGUGUUUAGUCCAUGAAGAUAGAGAAAAGCAGAGAAGCAAUGAGAACAACUCUUCAGAUCCUCUUGUUGAUUCUAAUGGAGGUAUAAUUGACAUUGCCGUGUCAUCUUCAAAGACAAGGCAAACAUGUGGUGGUAAGCUUCAUGUAGAUAGAAGCAAGAAAGAAGAGUGUUUAGUCCAUGAAGAUAGAGAAAAGCAGAGAAGCAAUGAGAGUUUGUGCAGUGAAGCUGAGAAAGAAGAAGAUAUUGAUGAAAGAUUGAAACAGAGAAAGCUUGCAAUAGAAGAGAUAGCAUUGAAGCUGGAGACACGUGCUAUGAAGGUUGAGAAGAGUUUAGCAAUGAUUAGACAAUGGAAAACCAGAGGCAACCAGACCAAUUAUGGAGUUUCUGCUUAACUAAUUGUGUCUGCCUUAACUAUCUAAUCUGAACUUUUGAAGAGGAUCUCUCAAGGAAACAAAACACAACAAUGUCACAACUAGUAAUCUUUGUAUGAUGUGUAGAACUUAUCAGACGCAACGCAAAGCUCAUGAUGUUGUGUAGAAAUGUGUUGAAUCGGUUCGAUUUUGGAUUAUUAAAUAUUUGUUGGUUUGGUUUGGGUGGACCA